AUGGAAGAAGACUACAAGACCAACAAAGGUCCACCCCCGCCAUAUCCGACUCGUCCACCUCCCUCAGGCACCCGAAUCCCGCUACACCCCCCAUGCCACGAUGCAGACGGCAUCUCUCCCGUCUUCAUCGGAUCCGCAAUCUUCCAGCGCUCUGUCCAUCCAUGCAAGAUUGCGCCUCAUCUUCCAAAUCCCUGCCGUGUCCCAUAUGGUUCCGCUGAGGUAGAGCAUAAUGGGCGGUAUGACCUUUUGCCAUUUGACCCGGAGACCAUGGAAUGGGUCCGUACGAGUCUUGGUCGUAUCCCUCAUAAUCGGGAUCCUGUUGCUGGAGGUUAUGAAGAGAGUGGACAGAGUCUGUAUCAUGCGAUGGGUUGCGUGGAUGGGACCUGGGUUCCUGGUAAGACGGGAGAACAUCUUGGGGGAUGCCAUCUCGCAUUUGGUGGGGGAGAGCGGAUCAUCACAAAUGACUACGAGAUAUUGUGA